AUGGCUGCUAAUACCAUCUUCAUCUCUUCUUCUUUGAUGGCUUUCGUUCUUUUCCUUUUAGUUCAACAGCUGCCUCUUGUAGUUCUCUCAAGAAGUUUGAGGCACAAGAAUCCACAAUCCUUCAACACCCUUCUCAGUACCCUAGAGGGACUGAGCAAGGGUCAGACACACGAAAAUCUUCACCAUCUCAGACUCUACCUUCAGAGACUGGGAUACUUGAACUACAACAGCGAAACCACCACCUUAAAUAAGGACUACUUCGACGACGUUUUGGAGUCCGCAGUCAAACUGUACCAAAGAAAUUAUCAUUUGAAGAUUACAGGGAAGCUUGAUAUUGAUACCCUUAAUGAAGCCGCAAAAGCACGGUGCGGAGUUCCUGAUACUGGUCUACGUUUCAAGAGUAUCAGUAACAAGAAUAAUGGUGAACACCAUCAUACAAAUAUUAGUGCAAACGAUGAUUUCUUGCUCAAUAUCAACGAAGGUUCUCUCUACUCAUUUUUUGAUGGAAAUCCAAAAUGGCCAUCUGACAAAACCCAUCUGAACUACACAUUCAACUCCGUUGUUGAACCGAUUCCACAGGAAGAUUUGCGCGCAGCUUCCUCAGCAGCAUUUGCGGAAUGGGCAUUUCACAGCAAAUUCACGUUUGAGGAAUUACUUCAAGUAGACGUACCAUCCGACAUUAAAAUUGGUUACUUUUUCGGCGAUCAUGGGGAUGGUAGGCCUUUUGAUGGCACUGGUAACCUUUUAGGUCAUGCUUUUGCCCCAACUGAUGGUAGAUUGCACCUAGAUGCAGAGGACUUUAUAACCUUCAACCCACCAGGGCCGGACCAAUAUGACUUGAUUUCGCUAAUUUUGCAUGAAAUUGGGCAUCUUCUUGGACUUCUCCAUAGUUCAGAUCCCAAUGCUGUUAUGUUUUCCUCUCUUCAAGCUGGAAUUACCAGGAGAUUUUUGACCGAAGAUGAUAUUGCAGGCAUACAGGCUUUGUAUGCAGAACAAUAA